AUGCGGUGCGCGAACAAGGCAGCCGAGAGCGCGUCCGCACGUCUCUGUGCGGACGCCGAAGCAGAAACCGCAGCAACUGAUGUCUCAUCGGUUGCUGAAGCGACUCAGCCUGUGUCACUUGGUGAUGCAGGCGCUGGUCAUGAAGACACUCAUGCCUUCACAGAGUACGAGCUCGGUGUCUCGUACUCUCCUGAUACGGAAGACGGAUCCGUAUCGACGGCGAUCGAAUCCAAGCCGCCUGCCAAGCGUAGCAUGGAUGAUGCUAUGCGUCGCAGCAUCUUUGGUACAUCUGAUGAAUCAGAUGAACCAUCGCCAAAGCGAAGGCGCUCGAGGUCGCGAGACUCGGGCGCUAACAGUGGUGUCGGUUCUCCUAUGGACACCGAUUCGCAACGAGAUGCCAGUACUUCUGUCGGCACAUCGCAGGAAGAGCGGGAUCGCAAUGUCUUGCGUCUCGCUCCCGAGAAGAAGGCAUGGAUGCCUCCAAAAUCUGUCAUGGAUCACUUGUCGGCGACGACGAGUGAUCGUUAUCGAACACGAUUGUUCGAUUCGUCAAGGAUCCAUCACCUUGACCCCAGCGCGAAAAACUAUCGCGCUGAGAACGAAUUCUUCAUCGAUGCUUUCUUUAGACAUCGAUGGUACAGUGGGAAUCACAAGCGUGAUGGUCCCUCACUGCUUCAAGCGUGGAACGCCUACAUCCAUAACCUUGAGGAUGUAGGUCGUGACGUUUAA